CGUCACAGAAUGGGCGUUUCCUCGAACAUGACGGUCUAGUGCACGAGCACGACGGACUAUGAUGCGCCUUUUCCAUUUAAUUUUCCAGGUUUUUUUUCCAUCCGCAGCGGGAAAGUGACUAAUGACGCUAAUAUGGGGAAUAUUCUUAUCCGUGUAGUAGUGCUUUAUCGUUAUUUCAUCCUCUAGCGUACCGCCCGCUAAGUUUUUUUCCGCCGGUGAUUGUGAACUCACGACAAGUGUUUGCUGCUGAAAAACAAAAUAACAAUGACAAGUGUGAAGGUGUUGCAACUGCUUCUACUAGCGCUUUCAAUGGUCUCAGUUGGAGCAGCAGACUGUCCGUUUCCUUUUUUUAAUGGCAAAAUUGUCUUAUCAUCGGAAUCCUUACUGAAGAACAGUUUCCCAGACAGUUCAGAAGCGUUAGUGGAAUGUGCUAAAGGAUAUGAGAGAGAAGAGGGUCCGACUUCCAUCAUCUGCCUGAAUGGGGUCUGGAGUGAAGUGAAAUUGAAAUGCAAAAAAAUAGACUGUGGAGAACCUAAACCUUCACUGCAUAUGAGUUAUGACACCUCAGAAGGAACAUUGUUUGGUGCCUACAUAAAAACCAUAUGUGAGACGGGAUAUGAUCUGGAAGGAUCAAGCUUCAGGCAAUGUCUUGUUUCUGGCUGGAGUGGAAAGGCUGAAUGUAUACUGACAACAUGCGAAGUGCCAGAUCCAAUUGAAAAUGGCGUGAUGAUUGUGCCCAGAGUCAUACCGGAGUUUAAUGAUGUCAUUACGUUUUCCUGUGAUGAUAACUACGUCCUUGUUGGAAACAGCACCAUUACAUGUGGUGAAUAUGGGGAUUAUAGUUCACCACCUCCGACAUGCAUAGCCAUCACAACACCAACAGAAGAAAGCACUACCACAGACAAAGCUACAACAACAGACAUGACAACAGCCUCCACCCGCUCACAUGUCAUCACAACACCAACAGAAGAAAGCACUACCACAGACAAAGCCACAACAACAGAUAUGAUUUCAGCCUCCACCCGCUCACAUGUCAUAACAACACCAACAGAAGAAAGCACUACCACAGACAUGACCACAGCCUCCACCCGCUCACAUGUCAUAACACCAACAGAAGCAAGCACUGCCACAACAACAGACAUGACAACAGACAUGACUACAGCCUCCACCCGCUCACAUGAGGGACUAAUAGAAGUGCACACCACUGACUUCAAGAAUGAUCUUGUGGGUUUUGUAGCUCCCUUGACGAUGAAAGCUUCCUUAGCUACCACGCUGAUUUUAACUGUCUUGCUGAUUAUAGCGUUGAUUGGUUUUUUGAUAUAUCGUCAAUUAAAAUACAAAGGUUCAUACAAUACUGGUGAAGAUCUGCCGACAAAAGAAGAGUUAUUGCAUUAUCAAAGAGUUUAAACUCAAGGGCAAACAAUCGGACGGCUCCUUUGCUUUAGCAUUAUUCCUGCACACGGAUUCUUUGGAAGUUUAACAUUUUGGACUUUGUUCUAUUUUAUAAACUAGAUAUUGUAUUUAUUUAUAACUGCUAAAAAAUGUUUUGCUUUUUAGGAAUAUAUUAGUUU